AUGCCUAGCAUAUCGAACACUCCAUAUCUAAUCGAGGAAAUUGCCAAAAAUUGCAAGAAAUUUGCCGAACUGAAGAUCACGGGACCAUGUCACAUUAAAUUUGCAUUGACACUCGCUGCAUUCCUCCCAAACUUAAAAGUCUUGAGCAUUCGGUGCUCUAUGAUAUAUAAGGAUGCCCUUAUCACUAUCUUGGAUGAGUUGAAAAAGUUGGAAGUACUAAACAUAUCUCACUGCGUACUGAUUGAACACCCUCCACCUUCACCUCGAAGAGUCCUCAAGGAGAUUGACGAAUCAAUUCUUCAUAAGGCUAGGAGGCUGCACAAAUUUAUAACGUGCACAAGUGACUCGUGCUUGAUGUGCACGCGUACGAGGAACGACGGAGGAAUGACGAGGUGGUAA